CUGUGUUCAUCACAUUUUACGACAGUUUGGCUCCUGUGAUUUUGCGACAGUGAUUACCGCAAGUCGUCGUGUGUUCAUUUUGCAUGCGGACACACAACAACAUGGCAGCUGAGUAGGCGGUCUCUCCUCCUAACGCCUAGCCGAGCCUGGCCCGGCCACUUCUUCCUCCUUCUCUCGACGAUUUCCGCCUCCAACAUGGACAAGAACGGCGAGCCAACACGCAAGAGAAGCGAGAAACCCACCGUGGCGGUGAAAAGCGAGCUCUCGGAUGACAUGAAGAGUAAAGAUGAAGUAGAAUUUAAGGAUUUUGCAGAGCACACCAUGAACGAGCUGCUAGGCUGGUAUGGUUACGACAAGGUGGACAAGGCUGACACUGAAAACCUGGACCUCAAGAAGUUCACUGCGACAGUCGACCAAGGUGCCUCCACCUCAAGAUCUGAGGGGAGCACCCAGGCGUCUUCCACGGGCGCGGCCGGCGGACCUUCCCAGUUGCCGGGCGUAUCCCUCGGCAACAUGGGCGCUUCUGGACAGGGAGGCAUUGUGGUCGGAGUGAAAAAUGGCGCUCUUCCCAGUCGUCCAGAUGAUGAGGACAACAUAAAGCAGAUCCUGUGUGCUUGGUGUCAAAAGGUCGGGGUCAAGCGGUACACCCUCAACACGAACAACGAAUCGAAAGAGUUCUGCAGUGAGAAGUGCUUUGCCGCCUGUCGCCGCGCGUACUUCAAGCGCAACAAGGUCUGCGAUUGGUGUAAACACAUCCGCCACACGAAGGAGUACCUCGAUUUCGGAGACGGCGAGAGGCGACUCCAGUUCUGUAGCGUGAAAUGCCUGAACCAGUACAAGAUGGACAUCUUCUGUAAGGAGACUCAAGCCAACCUUCCCACCAGUAUGCAGUUCAGCUCGGGUGCUCCGUCGCCAGGCCCGCUGCCCGUGGCGGUGGACGUAAAACCGCCGACGUCGAUGUGUCCGCAGCCGCCUAAGAGUAGUCCGCAGUCAAACGGUCAAGUCCUGAUCACACCGGAGCUGUGGCUGAAGACUGCAGAUGGUGACCAGGCAGGCCCUGCGGGGAUGCAGAACAGGAUGAUGAACCCAGCUGUUUCCAGAAGUUCACCCGCGCUACAGCUGCAAGCGGAGCCGAGGAUGCCGCCGCCUCCGGUCGGCUCCCAGGCUCACCGCGACACGGUCAUCCAGGCGGCUCACAUGAUCAGACCGGGCAUGCCGGGUAUGAUCCCCACCGGUAUCCCAGGGGGGAUCCCCCCUCGAGGAGCCGUCUCCCCCCUACAGAUCGUAGCGGACCAGAGAGUGCGAUCCCCCGCCAUGUUACACCCCAUGCUACAUCCAAGAACUCCCACCCCAAACCAAGCCAUGCCUCCACUGGGGAUGCCGGGGCACUCCCCGUCACCGAGUAUGCCCCGCCCACAGAUCAGGAACGACGCACCCAUACCUCAAGGACUGUUCCCCCAACACUUCCCCCAACAACCGUUACCUCCUCACCUCGCGUUCACUAACCCAGGACUGCUACAGAACAUGCCUCACAACGUCAUGUUUCCGCAAGAAGUACUAAACCUACCCCCGAUGCCUGGCCGGUCAUUGUUGCCCCCUCCCACACUUAUGGUGCCAUAUCCGUACUUCAUUCCAGUUCCGAUCCCCAUUCCCAUUCCUAUUCCCGUCCCUGUGCCAGUACCAACAGACAGUUCUCAGUCUGAAAAGGAUAACCCGAAAAACAAUGAAGCUACCAAACUAGCUGAUACAAGCUGUGAAGUUCUUCCAAGCACUAGCCAAUCCUCGGGUGAGAUCUCCUCUUAUGAAAGUGACGAGGUAGCUAAUGCCACAAAAGACACAGUUUCUGUUGAUGAUUCCACGAGUAGUGAGUCGUCGAGUUUAAAGGACACUGUAUCAGAGGCAAGAAGAGACCAGCUUUCAAACUCGUUAAGUUUAACCGCCAAUGAUGCAGGGGAAUUAGACAAAAAAUCAGACAAAGAACCAACAACACAACCUUGUACAAGUUCUGCUGACACUACAUUGCUCAAUGGUGACAAAGACAAAGAAACGUGUGAUGGAAACAAAGACAAUGCCUCCAGCCAUGACCAAGAAAAGAAUGACCAAGAAAAUGUUGAAGAGAAAUUAACAGCGAGUAAUAGUGAUAACAGGGAAAGCGACGCUGAUGAAAAAAUUGCUUGUAACAGUGACAAGUCCGAACCUGAAAAGUGUUCCGUCGAUAAUUACCGUGAAAAGGAGUGGACUGAAAACUGCCAAGGUGAUGCAGUGGACCUCUCGUGCUCACCGAAAACACCUCCACAAACAAGUAGUAGUGACGAGACGGAAACGAAAAGGGAACAGUCUUUGCCAACAAAGGUGCAGGAGACAUCAUGUACUACAACUGAGGGUGAAAAAGACCCACCAUCUUUGUCACCUGACCUUGAGAAACGUCAGAGUUCACAAGAAAACGAGGAGCAGCCAUCUUUAGUAGAACAAACAUCUCAUGACAACACAAAUGGGAACUGCAUCGACCAAUCCCAUGACAGUGUUCACUCGUAUGCCAAACCUGCUAACAGCGGGGAUGAGAAAAGGGAUGUUGAGAGCGCCGCAUCCAAACCGCAGGAGAGCGACGAGAUCCACAGUUACGCCAAACCACGAGCGGCCAUUUUGAAAGAGGCAGCCAUUGUGCUGAAGGAUGUUUCUAAACAGGGCAGUGCAAAGGCCGUCACCCCCAGCGAAGACGGACCAGUCAGGGACCAUGCUUACGCAUUGAGGGCAUCUGGGAAGGGCGAAGGGAAUUGUGGGAAGGUAAAAACGGAGGCCAGCGAAGAAGAGCCCGCGGCAAAGAGACGAUGUCUAAGAAGCAGAGCAAGGAACAAGUAGAAAUAUGAAACUGGGCAAAGUGCAUCUUGCCUUCUGUAUCAGAGGGCACAUCUGGGGAGCAUCUCAACACUUCAGCAUCGUCCAUAACAACAUUACUGCUUCCACGACAAAGUGAAGUCCAUCAGGUUUUAUGGAUUUUUUGACUGAAAUGUAUGUAGAUAUAGACAAAUUUAAUAUCUCCCAACUUAACAUGGAUUUUCUGAGAUGUUUCCUCUUGUCAGAUAUCUCCAAUGACGUGCCAGAUGUACAGUUAACAGUUAUUAUAGUACUAGUACAUAUCAUAGGUUAGACUGAUGGUGUAGGGAAGUGUUAAGAGCAUGGCAUCAUUCCAUAGUCAGCAAUGCAAUAUUAAAACAUGUACAUGUACAUGUAUGUGUAGUUCUUAGCAUGGUAUCUACCCUAUUCUAGUACCGUUUGCUCAUUUCACUGCUUUCCUGCAGAAUAGCCUGGCACCCAGAGAAACAAUCUAGCCUCCAUAGCAGGCUCUCUGGGCCUUUUGGGGCUCAGGAUAAACUGUUGCUGGCCGAUUCUUUUUUCUUUUUCUUAAAAAAAAGAUGCCAACAAAAGUGUGAGAGCCUGCUAUGGAGGCUAGAAACAAUUGGCCUUUGAAUUUUGCCUGAAAUAGAACAUAAUAAGCAUUACAGCAUUCUGACUGGCUUCGAUUCACAGUCCUUGGGAGUUCUAUUGAAAAAACGGGCUUACAGGAAAUUGUACCCCAUUUACAAUGUUAAUCCAUUUACAAUUUACAACAUAAGGACUAAGCGGGAUGGGCCAGACUAUUCUGUUUUGAAGCUUUCGUCGGAGCAAAUUCGAAAAAGAAGAGGCUAGGUUCCAAGCUAGAUAGUUUCAGUAAUAGCACUCAGAUAUAUAUGAAUUUGUUGGUCAUUAGAUCAGAAGUACACAUGUCUGCUAGCGUACUACCAGUACCUACCUACCUACCUAGUCCGUUGACCUCCAGUACAUGUGCAAGUUAAUAAUUGGUUGACCAAAAUAUCAUGACAAGCUCAAAAUGCUUAAGGUGGCAUUAUAUUUGAAUAGAUGUACAUCCCCUUCUUCCUCUUAAUGUUUCUAUGUCAAAUGUCACAAAGAAGUUGUUGAGAAUUGAAAGAAAUGAUAGAAAAAUGGUGUCUUUCAUAAAAAUACUGCAGUGGACCAAGUUGAACAGGCGUUAGUUGGAUGAACAAGAUGUUCUGUAGUCUUUUGGGAAUUCUUUAGUAUUGGCUGUGCUGUAUAGUGUGUCAAUGUCCAACUCAGCCCAAGCAUUUUAAGCUCAUUUCACAAUGUGAUUCAUAGCCAAACAACCUUGACUAUGUGUGCAACUUAUAGCUUCCCACUAGCUGUGUACAUUUCAGAAAUGCUAUUAACACACUAACAAGACAAGGAAAAAAGAAGAAAACUUUCAAGUUGUAAAGUGUCACAGAAAUUCAUUUUUAGAGAAACAUUGGGCUGUAUUGGUUUUUUGUUUGACUUGUAGUUGUGGCAAAUGAAUUAGUAUUUGUCAACUGGUAUCUGUUGCUUUAAAGACCUUGUAGCAAGGGUAUAUUGGGAUGGUGGCAAUGUAAUUUGAAAAUGAAAGCACAAAUCACAGUGACUGAUAAAAAAGAACCCGAGACAUAUACAUGAGUUUCCAGUUUUGCACCACCAUUUUAGGUCGAAGUUAUUUUAAAAGUGUAAUAUAGAGCUAUUUUCGUGACCCCAGCCUAAGGACGUAAUGAGCUUUUUUGUUGCUUUAUUGCGACAUUGUGGCAAUAGUGUUUGGACCCAAACAUGACAUCUUCAAGGUUGUGUGCUAUGAGUUGUUUUUGAAUAACCUACAAAUACUAACCCGUUGUCUUUGUGCACAAUGCACCUAUACACCAGGUGUACGAGUCUUUGUUUUGUGUUUGAAUGUUAAGCUUUGUGUUUACAGAAAUGACAAAUAUGCUUAAAAUUAACCUUCUUAUAAGUAUGACUUCCUGGUGCAAUUUGUGUUGUGGUUAUGACGUGCAAUGUUCCAUGUAAUGCCCAUAGUCUUGCCCAUAGUCCAGUUGCUUAGUAUUUAACUAUAAGUUAAAUGUUCAACCAACAUGCCAUGUUCUAUAACUUGGUUUUGAAAAGAAAUGUUAUUUUUCUAGGUUGUCAUAUUUUAAUGUACAUAUUACAGGUAGCACCGUCAUUGUAUUUUUGGUCUGUACAAUGAAAUAUGUGAUAUCUGUCAUAACUCUUUAACUUAGUUAAAUUACUUAUUGUGUCGGUUUAAGGUAUUACACAAUUUAUACUAAGCCAUUGUAUUCAAUGCUUUCCAAGAUAUGUUUACAACAUUGUUCUUUUGAAUGGGUUUGUGGGUUUUUUAAAUUGUAGAUAUCCUCAAUUGUACCUUGCGCACCAUGCACUUUGUGUAAUAUUUAAAGGUUAAGCUUUUAUUCUAUUAGCAUACAGACAUAUAGGGACAUUUUAUUUAUAGAGCUUUGCUUAAAGUUAGUUCCUUCACAAUACUGCAAAGACCUCUAUUUAUUCAUACCGUUACUUUUGGAUUUGACGUCAGAGAUACGUGGCUGCAGCAUUGGGCCUAAAGUUCCAGAUAACCUAUGUCGCCCCCCCGUCUCUGUUCAAAGUUGGAUGGUUGCUCAAACUUUGACAGAGUGUCCAGGACUUGUUGAAGUGUUGGUUUAGACAAAGUUUAGUUUAUCUGUCUCGAUAUCAUUUACCACCACAGAUGAACAUUCAUGCUAAAAGUUACUAGUAUUUAGACAUGUACACAACUUUGAACUACUUGAAGGCUUUGGUGCAAGUUUGUCUUUGUUCAAUACGACAAUAGAUUUCAACCAAACCUGAUACAUUUUGAAGAACAUUGAAGUUAUCUUCAUAUUACUACAUUGCCACAGUAUACUGGUCAUGAAAAAUUAUACAGUACCAAAGGUUCAGUUUAAAAAACAGUUGAAUGUAACAGUAUGUGGAAAGCCUGACUCCCAUUUGCUUAAACAAUACAUGUUCAUAUAUGUAUCCUUACGGACAGCCAUAUUCAGUUAAUUUUUAGCAUAAAGACGUACAUGAAGAAUGGAGUAUUUUAAACUUCUUUAGAAGUCAAUGUGAACGUACAAAUUUUCCUGGUUUAUGCUCAUUUAUUAUGCACCCGAUACUGCAUGGCAGUAACAUUGUCCGUGACAUAUAUAGCGUAUGCUGUACAUCUGUGAUGUAUCAACGUAUGUAUGGAUAUUAUUAUAUGCCUAUUUUUUUCAUGACUAACGUAUAAGUAUACUAAUGUGUAGUGGGCACAUGGAUGCAUAUUCUGUAGUGAAGAAACAAUGAUGUACAUGUGUAAUAUGUUAAUAACUGUGGACUAGGCAAUACCAUUGGUGGGCCCAUUAAAAAUGACCACUUUA